AUGGACUGGUCACCGAUCUGUGUGGCUACAACAGUCCCGAGCUUGUCGGAAGAGCGAGAAUCUGAUACUGUCUCACCAAAAUGCAAGGGUCUCGGAUCUCGAUCUCCAAUGGCCCGAGAGAGUGAUCCUCCUUCCAGUGACGAGAAUCCGGCAUCGCAAUCUUUUUCUCAUGGUGAUUCUCGAGCAUCCCCAGCUGCCGCUUCCGCUGCCACUACCACCAGCCACCCGGAGGAUAAUCUUACUGCUCAUCAUUUCAAAAGCGUUAAAUGGACGCCGGAUGGCACCACGCUCCUCGCCGAGUCGGCAAAUCACUGUAUCCGAACCUUCAUCCUACCUCCAGACCUAUUAGAGGGAGAAACGCCUCAUCGUUUGUCGCCAUACUCCUCGCUUGCUUCGGCUGAGCCGACAUAUGCAUCAGCCAUAUACCCUUUUUUCAACCUCCAAGAUCCGACAACCUGCCUGUUCCUCUCUUCAUUAUUCAUUGGUGAACCCGAUGACCGAGGCAUUCAUCACUCCACACUCCAUACUGUAUCCCUCGACGCUUGGGGGACGCAUUUCUUGACAGGAUCGGAUAGCAUGAUCUGCCUGUUUGACGUCUCUCGUUCAGGUAAUGAAGGCCCUGUGUCGUGGAUGCCGACUAUCCCAAGUAAGCGCAAGCAGAUUGUGGGCGGUGGUGUCGGUAUGAAGGGCAUUGUAUCCGCCAUGGCCGUUAACCCUACUGGUGAUGGCAUUCUUGCUGCCGGGACCUUUACCCGACACGUUGGGCUGUACAGCUCCAACGGCUCGGGGGAGUUGCUCGGGACCUUCAAUAUUGCGAAGACUGAAGCGAAUCGGGAUAUUGGGGGCAAGGGUAUCACUCAGCUCGCGUGGAGCCCUUGUGGUAGGUAUUUAUACAUCGCUGAGCGGAAGUGUGAUGGCGUUCUGGUCUAUGAUAUUCGUGUUACAGGGCAGAUGCUCGGGUAUUUGCGUGGGCGGAACGCGUUGACGAACCAGCGUAUGAACAUCGAUGUUGUUGAUGCCGGUGCUGAGGGAUCUCAUGAAGUCUGGGCGGGUGGAGUGGAUGGCAUCAUGAGGGUGUGGAAGAACCCUGCGUUCACCGUGGGUGCCCACGAUCCGGAUUGGGAAUUAAAGGUACAUGAUGAUGCCGUUACUAGUACAGCCUUUCAUUCUUCGGGGAAUGUUGUGGCUACUUGCUCGGGUCAACGGCGGGAUGAAGAUAGUGGACCGGCAGACAACAGCCUCAAAGUCUGGUCGAUGCCCUUUUUGAACUCGGAAUGA